UUAUGUGUCAUUCCGUGGACCGUAUAUUUGAUCUGUGGUAACGUGGACUUUGUUCUUUGGCUUUUUAACCUUUUUGAAAACUUUUGUAAUAUUUAUAGUUUUUAGGUUUCACAAAAUAAUGUUUUCCCCGUGUACGAGGAAUUUGCUUCUAUCAUCGCAGUUACGGCGAUUGCAAAGUACAUUGAUUAUAGCAGAGCAUAAUAAUGAAGCUUUAACACCAGUAACACAAAACACCCUUAGCGCUGCGAAGAAAAUUGGCGGAGAAGUUUCUGUUCUUGUAGCUGGUACAAAAUGUGGUCCGGCAGCAGAAGCCAUCUCAAAAGCAAGUGGAGUUUCAAAGGUGCUAGUUGCAGAGAGUGAUGCUUUCAAAGGCUUCACACCAGAAUCUCUGACACCACUUAUAUUAGCUACUCAAAAGCAAUUUAAUUUUACACAUAUCUUGGCACCUGCAACUGCAUUUGGCAAGGCGCUACUACCCAGAGUGGCCGCCAAGCUUGAUGUAUCACCUAUUACAGAUAUCAUUGGUGUAAAGGAUGCUAACACUUUUAUUAGAACUAUCUAUGCUGGUAAUGCUGUUUUGACGUUGGAAGCUAAAGAUUCCAUCAAAGUAAUCACAGUAAGAGGUACUGCUUUCCCUCCGGAGCCUCUUGAAGGUGGAUCAGGGGCUGUAGAUAAGGCUCCAGAUGGCAGCUAUAAAACUGAUUUAGUUGAAUGGAUAUCACAAGAGCUUACCAAGUCGGAUCGGCCCGAGCUUACCAGUGCUAAGAAUAUUGUUUCGGGAGGUCGCGGCCUGAAGUCGGGCGACAACUUCAAGCUGCUGUAUGACCUAGCCGACAAGCUGAACGCUGCCGUGGGCGCCUCUCGCGCGGCCGUCGACGCUGGUUUCGUGCCCAACGAUCUGCAAAUUGGACAGACGGGCAAGAUUGUAGCCCCCAACCUAUACAUUGCCGUGGGCAUCAGCGGUGCCAUUCAGCAUCUAGCUGGUAUGAAAGACUCCAAGACCAUUGUUGCAAUCAACAAAGACCCUGAAGCUCCUAUCUUCCAGGUAUCCGACUUGGGUCUGGUCGCAGAUCUGUUCAAAGCUGUACCAGAACUUACUUCCAAGUUGUAAUAGUUGUAAAUAUCUUUUAGUUGCACAAUUUCAGUAAGUUUUUGUAUCACAAAACUAUGUUAUCUGCGAAUUUUAAUGUACACAACAUAGUAAGAUUGUUAACAGUUUAUGAAAUUCUAUAUGAGAUGUAUUUGAAGUUGUAAAUAAAGUAAUAUUUUAUAUAUUA